UAUAAAUAUGUCAUAGAAUGAUUGCUUGAAAAGUGAAGAUCCAUAAAUGGAAGAAAAAGAGCAAUGUAUAAUUUGCAGAAAUGUGUUUUUUAAAGCUGAAUUAAAAUAGCAUUAAACUAACUGCAUGGAUACUUUGUCCAAAACUGAUUAAGAAUAUUUAGAUGAAUAAUUAGCUCAAUUGAUUAUAGAUUAGAAUUUUUAGUCUACUAUCUUUACAACUAAAAACCCCAAAUAUUGUCAAAAAGAGCAGAAAAUUGACCUUUCUCAUCAUUAACAAAUAAUAGGAGUUCAGAUAGAAUAAAAAUAAGCAUAGAAUCAAAAAUAAAAUGACCAGACACGAAAUGUUUUGGAAUCCAAUAAAACAUCUGAUAAAAAAUUUUAUGUAAUUAUUAUUUUAUUUUAAGCAAUAAAAGAAUGACAAAUAUGAUUAAUUUUCAAAGAACAUCAAAUCAAAUGAUAUUUUGAAGAUAUAAUCAUAAUAGUUAUCCAAAGAAUAAUAAAAAUAGUAAUAAUAAUAAUAAUAAUAAAAAUAAUAAUAAUAAUAAUAAUAAUAAGAGUAAUAAUAAUAAUAGUAAUAAUAGUAGUAACAAUAAUAACAAUAAUAUGAGUAAGAAUAGUAACAAUAAAAGUAGUAACAAUAGUAAUAAUAAUAGUAGUAAAAAAAGUAAUAAUAGUAGUAGUAACAAUAGUAAUAAUAGUAGUAGUAACAACAGUAAUAAUAAGAAAAAUAAAAAUAGUAGUAAUAAUAGUAAUAGUAACUAUAAUAAGAAGAAGAUUUAUUAAAGAUUACUGUAGAGAAUAAAAAAUAGGAAAAGCUAUAAAAAGACUCAAUUCUAUAAGAUGAAAAAAAAUAAUAAUUUGAUUUUCAAUUAGAAGAAGGUAAUUUAUUACAAUUACAGAAUAAAUCGGCAGAAGAAAAAGUUGAAAAAAAGCAAAAGCGCGAAAAAAUACAAUAAACUUUAUAAAUUGAACAAAACUUUAAUCAAUUUGAAAAUAAAGAAAAAAUAAACAAUAAACUUGAAAACACAGAAGUGCUUGAUUUGAGAAAAAAAGUUGAUCCCAAAAAUUAGUAAUUUUAUGAAACAAUGCUCUUAAAAGCAGAUUAAAUUAUUUCGAAGAAAGAGAAAACUAAUACUGAAAAAAAAAAUAGUGUAGAUGGUGGAAAAUAAAAAUAUAGACCAUAACCUACGCCAUAACUUAAACAUGCAAUCUAAGAAAGACCAUAGACUGAAAAUAAAAGCCCCAUAAAUAGUAAUUAGGUUCAAGCGACAUGUAACUUAUAAAAAUUUGUAUAACUAAAUAUCCCACAAAGUAACAAGUAAUAAGAAUAAUAACCAUCCUAAUAAUAAUAAUAACCAUCAUAGUAAUAAUAAUAACCACCAUAAUAAAUACCGUCAUAAUAAUAAUAGUAAUAAUAAUAACCAUCUUAAUAAUAAUAGUAAUAAUAAUAAUAACCAUCAUAAUAAUAAUAGUAAUAAUAAUAACCCUCAUAAUAAUAAUAGUAAUAAUAAUAAUAGUAAUAAUAAUAACCAUCAUAGUAAUAAUAAUAACCACCAUAAUAAUAAUCAUCAUAAUAAUAAUAGUAAUAAUAAUAACCCUCAUAAUAAUAAUAGUAAUAAUAAUAAUAGUAAUAAUAAUAACCAUCAUAGUAAUAAUAAUAACCACCAUAAUAAUAAUCAUCAUAAUAAUAAUAGUAAUAAUAAUAACCCUCAUAAUAAUAAUAGUAAUAAUAAUAAUAGUAAUAAUAAUAACCAUCAUAGUAAUAAUAAUAACCACCAUAAUAAUAAUCAUCAUAAUAAUAAUAGUAAUAAUAAUAACCCUCAUAAUAAUAAUAGUAAUAAUAAUAAUAGUAAUAAUAAUAACCAUCAUAGUAAUAAUAAUAACCACCAUAAUAAUAAUCAUCAUAAUAAUAAUAGUAAUAAUAAUAACCCUCAUAAUAAUAAUAGUAAUAAUAAUAAUAGUAAUAAUAAUAACCAUCAUAGUAAUAAUAAUAACCACCAUAAUAAUAAUCAUCAUAAUAAUAAUAGUAAUAAUAAUAACCCUCAUAAUAAUAAUAGUAAUAAUAAUAAUAGUAAUAAUAAUAACCAUCAUAGUAAUAAUAAUAACCACCAUAAUAAUAAUCAUCAUAAUAAUAAUAGUAAUAAUAAUAACCCUCAUAAUAAUAAUAGUAAUAAUAAUAAUAGUAAUAAUAAUAACCAUCAUAGUAAUAAUAAUAACCACCAUAAUAAUAAUCAUCAUAAUAAUAAUAGUAAUAAUAAUAACCCUCAUAAUAAUAAUAGUAAUAAUAAUAAUAAUAAUAAUAAUAAUAGUAAUAAUAAUAAUAAUAAUAAUAAUAAUAACCAUCAUACUAAUAAUAGCAAGCAAAAAAGAAAAAGUUCGAAUUCAUACCUGGUAUGAGACUAACAGACAAAUAAAUUAAUGAGUUAAGUAGGGAAGAUUUAUAUGAGUAUUUUACUAACCUAAACUUAGAGGAAUAAAUUGGGUACUAAAGCAAAAUCUUCGAGUUAGAGAAAAAAAAAGUGUAAAUAAACGAAGUCGGAAGUUGCCCAAUCUGUAUGGAAGAUAUUUAACCUUCUAAAGAACCAAUUGAUGUGUAAUUGGAUUGUAAACAUUAGUUUCAUUUUGAGUGCAUUAAAAAAUGGCUUUAAACUUAGAAAAAUUGCCCAAUUUGCAAGAGUCAUGUUGAUUUAUGCUUCACAUGAAUAAAUUGAUAAAAAGUAUCUUGCUUAUUAUUUUAAACAUUAUUUCACAAACAUGAC